GACUGCGCGACCCGAAGGGAGCCCCCGGAGACCGCCGCCGCCGCCGCCGCCCGAAGACGGACUUCUGCUGGCUGCCGCCGGGGCCGAGGCCCGCCUUCCUCCCGCCGCCCUCCUGGCUGCUCCCCUGCCCCCGCCCCGCCUAGGGGGCGCGGACCUCACUCCGCCGCGCCCGCCCCUCCCUGCCCCGCGGUUGCCGGGGCAACGCCGGGACGCGCUAGUCCCCGGCCUGGGCGCGGCGCCUGCUUCCGGGGACGCGGAGGGCCGGCGGGGAGUUUCAGUGGGGCCUCUGGUCAUGGCCUCGCUACGCACUGCCACCCCCCAGCUGAGGAACUACUUCAAGGAGAACUACAUUCCUCAGGUCUGCGAGGUACUGGCGCCACGUGGCGGCGGAGUUAAAAGGGAGAGGACCCCGGCGAUUUCCCGGAGGAGGGGCUAGGGUCUGGCCGGAGAGCGAGUGGACGGUUUGAGGAGCGGAAUGGGAGAGGAUGAAGUCAGCCUUGAAUAGACUGGCCGUCUGGGCUGAGGACACAGAUCAGAGAGGAGAAGACAGAGGGGGCGAUGGUGGCGGAAAGGAGGGGAAGGGUGACAUGUUCCCCGGAGAAAGAGCGCAGGGCCCCGGGGACAGCAACCGCGCACUCCAGACGUUAAGGUCUGGUCAAGAGGGGCCUGAGGACCGAGGAGGACCGCGGAGAAAGUGUUCUAGAGACAGAGGAGCAAAAUUAGAAGAGUGCGGCUCUAGGAAGAGAGUGGGCAGUAGUGUCACCUAGGAGGAGGCUCUGUUAUGCGGCCUACUUAUUACAUGUCCUGAGGAUCCCCUGAAAUAUUUACAGAAAAUGAUCAUUACUAUCAUGGAAAAUGGUCUUGAAAGUCUUCUCUGGGAUAUGUGCAUCGAUCCAUCAAUGAGGCCAAAAAUUCGGAGAUUGUCUGAAACGUACAUGGAGCAACUCUUUGGGCUGGAUGAUCAGCUGAUGACUCCGGAAUUGAUGAUAAAAGCAUGUACUUUUUAUACUGGACAUUUAGUAAAGACCCACUUUUGCACAUGGAGAGACAUAGCAAUACCUCUUAUAAGUGAAGACGAACUGGCUGAAAAGAUGGAAAAAGCUAGGGAAUAUGACAAUUUCAGACUUCAAAAAUACAUCUUUCGUCUCUGGCACUCUUAUACAGAAGGUCAAAAAAAACUACUUACAGUUACACUAGUGCGGAUACGGAGGAUGUGCCGCCGUUACAAGCUAUUAGCUAUCCUAACCAAGUGGAGGGAUAAAGCACAACAUAAGUAUAAGAAGAGAGAAGAGGAGCUGAUAUUAAAACAUGAACUUCAGUUGCUGAAAUGGAGAAGCAAGUUAAAAUGCAACGUUGUUGCUAAGGAAGAAUUCCUAUUUCCUGAACACAGUGCAUCUGAAGUCUCUCUUGGAAGCGAGGUUCCUGAAUGUGACAUUUCGCUGUUCCCCGAAAGAGUGAUCUCACGGAUUUUCGCCUACCUCACUUUAAGAGAUAUAAUAAUAUGUGGUCAAGUUUGUCACUCCUGGAUGCUGAUGACACAAGGAAGCUCAUUAUGGAAUAGUAUUGAUUUUUCUGCAGUAAAAAAUAUAAUCACAGAUAAAUAUAUAGUGUCAACUUUGCAAAGGUGGCGUCUAAAUGUGCUGCGUUUGAAUUUUCGUGGUUGUGUUCUCCGACUGAAAACCUUGAGAUCUGUCAGCCUCUGUAGAAAUCUGCAAGAGCUGAACGUCUCUGACUGUCCAACACUCACAGAUGAAUCAAUGAGAUACAUCUCUGAGGGCUGUCCUGGGGUCCUGUACCUCAAUCUAUCUAACACCACCAUCACAAACAGAACAAUGCGAAUCCUGCCCAGGUACUUCCAGAAUUUACAGAAUCUUAGUUUGGCUUAUUGCAGAAAGUUCACAGACAAAGGUUUACGGUACCUGAAUUUGGGGAAUGGAUGCCACAAGCUCAUGUAUUUGGACCUUUCCGGCUGCACCCAGAUUUCAGUCCAGGGCUUCAGGAACAUUGCAAACAGCUGCACUGGAAUUAUGCAUCUGACCAUCAACGACAUGCCGACGCUAACGGACAACUGUGUAAAAGCUUUAGUUGAAAAGUGCCCUCGUAUUACAUCAGUAGUUUUCAUUGGUGCUCCUCAUAUCUCCGACUGUGCUUUUAAAGCUCUUUCUACUUGUAAGCUCAGAAAGAUCCGAUUUGAAGGAAAUAAAAGGAUUACUGAUGCAUGCUUCAAAUUUAUAGACAAGAAUUAUCCAAAUAUCAAUCACAUUUACAUGGCAGACUGCAAGAGAAUAACAAAUGGGAGCCUUAAGUCACUUUCACCCUUGAAGCAACUGACUGUGUUGAAUUUGGCAAAUUGUAUAAGAAUUGGUGAUAUGGGACUAAAGCAAUUUCUUGAUGGUCCUGUGAGCAUAAGGAUAAGAGAGCUAAAUUUAAGUAACUGUAUCCACCUGAGUGAUGUCUCUAUUGUGAAACUAUCAGAGCGCUGCCCUAAUUUAAACUACUUGAGUUUACGAAAUUGUGAAUAUUUGACUGACCUAGGAAUUGAAUAUAUGGUAAACAUCUUUUCCUUGCUGUCAGUAGAUCUCUCUGGAACACACAUCUCUAACGAGGGUUUGAUGAUACUUUCCAGACAUAAAAAAUUAAAGGAACUUUCUCUAUCUGAGUGUUAUAAAAUCACCGAUGUCGGAAUUACGGCAUUCUGCAAGGGCUCACUGAUCUUAGAACAUUUGGAUGUCUCUUAUUGCCCUCAGCUGACAGAUGAGAUUAUUAAAGCAUUGGCCAUUUACUGCAUUUGCCUCACAUCUCUCAGCGUUGCUGGCUGUCCAAAGAUUACAGACUCAGCGAUGGAGGUGUUAUCCGCAAAAUGCCAUUACUUGCAUAUUUUGGAUAUUUCUGGUUGUGUCCUGCUUACUGACCAAAUGCUUGAGGACCUUCAGAGAGGCUGCAAACAACUUCGAAUCCUUAAGAUGCAAUACUGCAGGUGUAUUUCCAAGGAGGCAGCGAAGAGAAUGUCGUCUAUAGUUCAGCAGCAGGAAUAUAACCCUAGUGACCCUCCAUUUUGGUUUGGCUAUGAUUAUGAAGGCAAGCCCCUUAAAAAACAAAACGAGGAAACACCACUUAAAGGAGAUGAAGAAGUCAUACUGACAGAGUCAACACACAAUAGUGAAGAGGAACUAGCAUGACCUUCAGCCUCAAGCAGGAAGAAGAAAAAAAAUCUAGAACUUGAUAACUUCAUCUGAUGCAAGUAUUUUUACCAGCUGGAUCACAACAGUGUAAACAAGCAGCAAACCAUCUCCUGAUUUUUAGUCCAACUACAGAUAUUUCUAAAUACAUUAUUAGUUCUUCUAAUUGGUUUAAUCAUGAUUUUUAAAAGCCAAAUCAAGU